AUGCACAGGGCACCCCUGCUGGCACUUCCCUGCAGAAGCGAGUACCUGCAGAGCACAUGGGAGAAAGCCUACCAGGAUCACAGGAAGAAGGUCCGGGAUGCCCAGCCACUCGUGGACACCCAUGCCCCACUGUUUCUCAGCCACUUCCACCUGAACCUCAAGAAGCUGAAGCUGGAGGAGGACAGGCUCUCCGUCAUUGACAGGGACAACCGCCUGCUGCUGGAGAAGGUGGCCUGCAUCAUGAGGACCAGGGGACAGACCGACAGCAGAGACGACUACACACACCGGAGGUAA